AUGUCCCUGCCCGUGGUGCUCCCGGGCUCCUGCUGCCCGGUGGCCGGGCUCUCCGGCGGGCCGCAGGCCGGGGGCCCGGGCGCCGCGGCCGCCGCCGCCCAGGAGCCGCCGCUGCCCCCACUCCGGCCGCGGUGGCCCCGAGCUGCGCUGCAGCCCCCGGCGCGGCCUCGCUGCGGGGCCGCCGCCGCCGGGGUGCUGGCCGCGCCGCCUGCGCUCUCCUCCCGCCGGGCCGCCGCCGCCGCCGCUGCCGGGGCUCCGGGCUCCGCGCUGCUGCCCGCUCGCCUGCUCUUGUCGCUCGGUCUGCUGCAGCUGAUCCUGGGCUGCUGCAUGGUGGCACUCAGCUUCGGGGCGCUGUCGCUGAGCAGCUCCCCGCAGGUGAAGAACUCGUGCCCGUUCUGGGCUGGCUCCUCGGUGAUACUCUCUGGAAUCAUAGGAUUAACAACAUGGAAGCGACCUAUGAUACUCCUGGUGAAUCUCUUUGUACUGCUGUCUGUGGUGUGUGUCCUCCUGAAUUUAGCCGGAUUUAUUCUUGGCUGCCAGGGUGCUCAGUUUGUGUCCAGCGUGCCCAGGUGUGAUCUGGUGGACUUAGGUGAAGGCAAGAUUUGCUUCUGUUGUGAAGAAUUUCAACCAGCCAAAUGCACAGACAAAGAAAAUGCCUUGAAACUCUUCCCGGUUCAGCCUUGUAGUGCUGUUCACCUUCUCCUCAAGAAAGUCCUUUUCACCCUGUGUGCCUUGAAUGCCCUGACCACCACCGUCUGCUUGGUGGCAGCCGCCCUUCGCUACCUCCAGAUCUUUGCAGCCAGAAGAUCCUGCGUCGAUGAAUCCCAGAUUUCUGCAGAAGAAGUGGAGGAACACAGACGCAUCCCAGACCCUGAUGACUUCGUGCCACCAGCGCCUCCCCCUUCCUAUUUUGCCACGUUUUACUCGUGCACACCCCGGAUGAGCCGCAGGAUGAUUGGUCCUGAUGUUAUUCCACUGCCACAUAUCUAUGGAGCACGAAUCAAAGGAGUGGAAGUGUUCUGUCCUCUGGACCCCCCACCUCCCUAUGAAGCUGUGGUGAGCCAGACAGACCAGCAACAGGGAUCUUCAUUCCAAAUGCCAGAAGGAUCAGAAGCUGCCACCAGUCCACUGGAACCGAUCUGCAUCCCAGGGACUCAAGGUGGGGAUAUUCCUACCACACCUGGAGAAGAAAGUGCAUCCAUACCAACUCCCAACGCAAACCAGCUAUACCCAGAGAGGAGCUGGAGAGCCCUCCGACCCCUGAGGACAAGAUCCAAGAGUGAUCCUGUGCUGUGUCAUUCCGCCGAGAGAGCCGUCCCUGUGCUCAGCUGUGAGGCCGCGACUCAGACUGAAGGAAGACUGGACUUGGCUGCAGUGACCUUGAGGAGAAGGUUGAGAUCCCGAGCUUCAAGAUGCAGACCGAGGUCUUUGAUAGAUUACAAGUCUUAUAUGGACACCAAGCUGCUGGUGGCGAGGUUCCUGGAGCAGUCCUCCUGCACCAUGACCCCGGACAUCCAUGAACUUGUAGAAAACAUCAAAUCUGUUCUGAAGUCUGAUGAGGAGCAUAUGGAGGAAGCUAUUACGAGUGCCAGUUUUCUAGAACAGAUCAUGGCCCCGAUGCAGCCCAGCACUUCCAGGGCCCUGGUGCUGCCCUCGCGGAGACAGCCUGGCCUGCUGCACCUGCGGAGCUGCGGAGAUCUGAGCACCUUCGUCCCCGCGGGGAGGCCCCCGGCCGAGCGGAGGCCCCGGCGAGCCGAGGCCGAGAGGCCACACAGCCUCAUCGGUGUCAUCCGAGAGACUGUCCUGUGA